UUUAGUCUAGUUCCGACGCGCUGACAGUUUAUUUUUGUGUUUAAUUAGCUUGAUUUUAAAUACAAACAACUAUAUAAAUUAUAAACUGAAACAGUGUGUUUCCCUUGCCAUGAUGAUUUCUUUCACCGGCUUAAGCGCUUCACUCGCACUGACGUUGCUAGCACUAUUCCCGGCAACCAGCAGCGACCGCGCCACGUGGCCACAAUGCAAGCGCGGCUGGGACGGUCGCGGACGAGUCCUCGAACUCGAAGACGAUGACGUCACCCUACUCAAUCUUAAAAACUGCAAUAUAACUACAUUACCAUCUGACGCUUUUAACACUACAGUACCUAAGCUAGAAGAAAUACAUUUAGAUGAGAAUAACUUACAAGAUAUAGACGCAUCGGUUUUCAUCCCUGUCUCUCAUGUGACUUUAAUUUCAUUAUCAUAUAAUAAGCUCCGUAGUAUACCGAUUUUCGGCGCUUAUUCACUAUUUCCUAAUCUAGAAGAAUUAUAUUUAGAUAAUAAUAGAAUAUUAUCUAUCAAUGAUGAUAGGACGUUCUCCUUAUGCGAGAAUCUGGAGCGUCUAUAUUUGACGCAUAAUCAAAUUGAGUAUAUAGCCCCAGAUAUUUUUAAACCUUUGAUAAAUUUAGAGAGUAUUGAUUUAAGUUAUAAUAAACUAACAAGUGUGUCAGACUCUGUGUUCCACGUAAAAUCGUUAAAAGUAAUCAGAUUAGAUAAUAAUUUGAUAAGUUACAUACCUCCAAACGCUUUUAGCGAUCUUAGCCAGUUGUUUCUAGAUAAUAAUCGUUUGAGUUUUCUAUAUGCAAAUUUUUCUUCAGUGAUAACUCGCCCGCCGGCGCGCGCUAUUGCUAUGAGUUUGUAUAAUAAUCCUUGGCAGUGUGCGUGCUUGUUAGAGCUUAUGGAGGAUGUUAAGGGAGCUAAAAGUGGGGCGAGGUAUGCUUAUUGGGAGUAUAAUGGCGUAUUGAAAUCGUGUGAGUUCCGAGGUAUGGUGUGUCAUCGCCACACGCUCGAGGAAAACGUUAAGAAACUAUCGUAAGUUUAGAACAGUGGUGGGCAAACGGGUUACCCUCAUCUGGCAGAAUAAUUUUGGUCAGAAACACACUUGCCGUAACCUAUAAUAUGUACCUACUAAUUGUCUGUGCAAUUGAGCGGAGUGAUGCAUUUGCACCACGCAUAAACUUCUUACGAGUUUCUGGCGCAUCUUAGUUCUUAAGAUUUUGUAAUUUUCUUUAUGAUAUAAAUAAAUAAAAUAAAAAAAAACUUAACAUAACAUGUUUCGCAGAAAAACAUUCGGUCGAAUGGUAAUUUUGCAGAAAACUUAGUUGGCUUUAUUACUACUACGCAUACGAUACAUUUGACAGAAUAUUGUUUCACA